AUGGAGCAUUUUGGGGCAGGAGGAAGCUGGGGAAUGAUCCCCAACAUGGAGCCCCACAGUAACCCCGCUACUCCCCCCAAUCAAGACCAUCUAUUUCUCCCACAACAACAGCAGCCCCAAUUCAAUCACCACCAACAACAAUUUCAACAGCAAUUCAAUCCGCAGCCGCCGCAAUCGCAGCCGCAGCCGCGUUUUCAAAAUCAACCGCCGCCGCCGGCGACACAGCAGCAGCAUCAGCACCAGUCUCUGGCCUCUCACUUUCAUCUCCUCCAUCUGGUCGAGAAUUUGGCCGAUGUGACUGAAAAUGGGACGAGGGAUCAGCAAGCGGAUGCGCUGGUUGCCGAGUUGAACACACAGUUCGAAAAGUGCCAGCAGCUGUUGAACUCCAUAGGGGGAACGAUUAAGGCCAAAUCCACGACUGUUGGGGAGCAAAAGCGCAAGCUGGAGGAAACUGAAAACUUACUGGCUCAAAGGAGGUUUGCACUUUUAUAA